AUGGCCACGGGUUCCCUUGUGGGGAAUCUCGCCAAGGAUUUGGGGUUGGAUGUCAGAGAACUGCCGCAGCGGAAGCUCCGUGUCAGUUCGGAAAAGCAAUACUUCAGUGUGAACGGGGAAAAUGGCAACCUGUAUGUGAAUGGCAGGAUAGACCGGGAGGAGAUGUGCGGGGAGAUACCCCUUUGUGUCCUGACAUUCGAAACGGUGGUGGAAAAUCCUUUAAACAUUUACGACAUGGAUGUAGCAAUUCAGGACAUUAAUGAUAACGACCCCAGCUUCGACAAAAAUAACAUUGUGUUAGAAAUCAAUGAAUUUACACUGCCAGGGGCGCGCUUUCCACUCGAAUCGGCGCAAGAUCCAGAUGUUGGACUGAAUUCACUGCAGAAUUACCGGCUCAGCCCAAAUCAGUAUUUUAUCCUGGCAGUGAAGGAGAAUGCAGAUGGCAAUAAAUACGCAGAAUUAGUUUUAGACAGACCUUUGGAUCGGGAGCACCAAACUUCUCAUAUCUUGAUCUUGACGGCUGUGGAUGGGGGGGACCCUGUGAGAACCGGGACCGCUCAGAUUACCAUUAAAAUCACUGAUGCCAAUGACAAUCCCCCAGUAUUCACUGAAGAGAUCUACAAAGUCAGAGUAAGUGAAAAUCUGGCCAAAGGCUCCAUAGUGGUACAGGUGAAAGCCAUGGAUAAGGAUGAAGGAUUAUAUGGAGAAAUCAGUUAUUCCUUCAGUAAUGCCCCCCAAAAUGUCCUGCAAUUAUUCAGAAUAGAUCCUGAAAAUGGACUAAUAACAAAUACAGAUAUUCUGGAUUUUGAAGAGACGAAUAAAUAUACAAUGGGAAUUGAAGCCAGGGACGGGGGUGACUUGACUGGUCACUGCAAAGUUCAAAUAGAAAUUAUUGACAAGAAUGACAAUGCCCCCGAAGUAACCCUUACAUCCGUUUCCAGUCCUAUCCCCGAAGACUCUGUGCCCGGGACAGUGAUAGCUUUUAUAAGAGCUCGUGACCGUGAUGCAGGAGAAAAUGGAAAAAUCACCUGUCACCUUCAACACAAUUUACCGUUUAAAAUACUGUCCUCCUCUCGUAAUUACUACAAAAUAAUCACAGACAGCACCCUGGACAGAGAAAAGAUCCCAGAGUAUAAUAUUACAGUAAUCGCCGCAGACAAAGGCACCCCCACUCUCUCCACCCAGAAAACCAUCCUGUUGCAGAUCUCGGAUAUCAAUGACAACGCCCCGGUCUUUGAGAAACUCUCCUACACCGCCUAUGUGCCGGAGAACAAUCCCUCCGGGGCUUCUAUUUUCCGUGUAAAGGCCUCAGACCGCGAUCUGGACCGGAACGCCCGAGUCACUUACUCCAUCCUGAGCAGCAACCUCCAGGAGGUGCCUCUCUCCUCCUACAUCUCCAUUAACUCCCAGACCGGAGCUAUCUAUGCCCAACGCUCCUUCGACUACGAGCAAUUCCGGGAGUUUGAAGUGCAAGUGCAGGCCCAAGACGGCGGGUCCCCGCCUCUCAGCAACAAUGUCUCCGUCAGGGUGUUUAUUCUGGAUCAGAAUGAUAACGCCCCUCGCAUCCUGUACCCUUCCGUGGGAGCCGAUGGCUCCGCCUUGUUCGAGAUGGUCCCUCGCUCGGCCGAGGCAGGUUAUCUGGUGACAAAGGUAGUGGCGGUGGAUGUUGACUCAGGACACAAUGCCUGGCUCUCCUACCAUCUGCUCCAGGCCACGGAAUCGACGCUGUUCAGCAUGGGGCUGCACACCGGGGAGAUCCGGACAGCCCGCGCCUUUGCGGACAGAGAUGCUGUGAAGCACAGGCUGGUAACGCUGGUGAAGGACAAGGGGCAGCCGCCUCUGUCAGCCACAGUGACUCUCAACCUGGUGUUUGCCGAGAACUUCCAAGAGGCUCUUCCGGAAAUGAGCGACCAAUCGGGUGACUCGGCGUCUCAGUCUGAUUUACAGUUUUACUUGGUAUUGGCUUUAGCCCUGAUCUCAUUUUUGUUCCUCUUGACAGUUGCACUGGCCAUUGUGAUGAAAUUUUAUAGAGCAAGGAAUCCCCCAGUUCUGAGAUGUUUCAGUUCUGAUUAUUCUAAGGCGAGUCCCAGAUUCCCACCCAGCUACUGCGAUGCGACUUUACCGUAUAGCUAUAAUCUAUGUUUAGCCGCAGACUCCGGAAGGAAUAACUCUGAUAUUCUAAAACCAAAUGGCCAGAACGAUGUAGGAGAGAUUAUCCUUUCCAAUGACAACUCUCGGAUGUUUAUAAUGAGCAACAGCACCUCCGCUUCUGUAGAGCGAAUCUCUGAACCUGGCAGCGUUGGAAAGGUGAGUUUCUGUGCUCAUGCGCUUGCACGUGCUUGUAUCUUUAUAUAUUUUAGUAAUGGCAAAUCAAGGGGUUAUAUAUCAUUUAAUGUUAAACCUAAUUAA